AUGAGGCAUGCCCAUCGGCGGAGGCGAGGCAUCAGAGUCCCUGCCGGUUGUUUCGUCAACCAGGAGCAUCGAAAGCAUACAUUGAUCAAGGGACUAUCAAAUGAGAUGACUUGGACUGAACAACUCACCAGAGAAUGCGGAGAAACAACAUUCAGAGCCCAUCUUCUACCCUUUCCGAGCUCAGCAUGGAUACCUCGCGGAACGGACAUGGAAGUGUUUGGCAUGGCGGCAACCAACGAGCCGAGAGCCUACCUCAUGACCAUUGGCCUUGACGACAUCCGCCACGUACUCCCUAGCAUCGGCUCUACUGUCAAAGUUGAACUCGACGUCGACCAAAUCUUCCAUACCGCACCCAACUUCUGCCUCGAGGGCGAUGCGCUCGAUGCUUUGACCACGGCCAUCCAAAUAGGACUACGCCUUGUGGAAAGAACAGCCUAUGGCGCCGUGAAAGACGCUGAUAAAUCGGCUGACGAGUUACUCCGCGACGAAGGCUGCGAAGGUGACAAGAUCCGCUGGCAGGAGAUUAUGAAUUCUCUUACGCUCGACGAGUACGAAAAGCGAGCCAAAGACUACCUCUUUGGAUACAAUGCCAGGGUUUCUAAUGAAGCCAUCCUCGCAGUGCCUUCCGGAGACACUGAGAUGCGCCGAAUGUACGACGCUAGGAGAUUUGCACUGCAACUGCGUGAGAAACCGGGGGAGUCGAAAGAUGAGCAUACACGGCGCAUUCAAGACUGGAUUCGGGAGAAAGAAGUUACGUGUCAGAUUCCAGUCGCCAAACAGCCUCUUGUUGGUCACCGGAUCAAGCUUCCGCCUGGAAUCACAGCUGGUGUUGCCUUGUUUGUUCUUGAGGUACCGCUUCAGCCAUACUGGCUGGAUGGCUAUCGAAGCCCUCCGAUGACAUUGCACGUUCCCAAACAAACCUGGCCGGCCGACUUGAGCAAUUACUUCGAUAACAUCAACAAGGAGGAAUCACCAAAAGCUGUUUGUGCUCAGAUAUGCUAUGAAGUCAAUACCGAGACUUUUCUGAUGGAAGACUGGGCCGUUGAAAAGAUGAGCAGGCUCCAAAAAGAGUCGUUAGGCAACGACUGGUGGGACUUCUCGACGCGCUUCCACGACAUCCCGGCUUCAGAACGCACUGAUCUGCUGAGAUGGUUUCCAGCUCUUCAGAAGCGAUUGGGCAAAGGGAUUUUUGAGGGCGAAUACGCAAAGGUCGUCGAAGCUAUGGCCAGAUCACGAGCGGGAAAAAUCAUUAUCAAUGCGCCUGAAGGACCAACCAGGUCAAACUUUGCCUUGUCAGUUGCUCAAGCGGUCAUGUCAGAAGCUCCCGAUCCCCCAGCCGCUGUGUCAUCUAGGCUGGAUGUAGGGGACAGUCGACACGUACAGUACUCUUCGUGGGAGCUGGAGAAUGAAAGAAGCACGUACAACCAAUUUCAGAUGGCUAUGUGGAAUAACAUGUCAGCAGAAGAAAAAGACUUGAGCCGCAAGAAGAAGGAUGAGUUUGUACCUGUUAACGGGCGAGUGGCUUGGAUUGCACCUCAAGACAAACAGGUCGACGAGGCUGUCCAGCGAUUGGUUGCCAUGAAUCCAGGCAAAAUCAUCCUCAGACUGUACUCCUACAACGCCGAAAUAAAUAACUUGUUGCAAGCAGGGACCGAGUCAGCAGUCGCCGUCGUUGCCAGCGGAAGGACUACUGCUGAAACCCAGAUUAUCGAGGCGUACAACAGCUGCCUGCUCGAAAAAGACAAGAAGCGCAACCCAGCCUCGAACAAGCACUCCUGGUCCGAACAAUGUCUAAGCAGAGGGCUUUUCAACAAGCCAGAAUCUUGGCCAGAGAUGAGCGCUGCGGAACGCAGCAUAUAUUGGGAGAAUGCCGAGGAUGCGCUCAGUUACCUGCUAGAACGAGCCGAUGCCAUUUGCGCUACGCCUUCUGCCUUUCGAUCAAUAGACAGGCGUGUGGGAAGCAGCGAAUGGGGGCCGUCCUUUAUCAUCGUGGACAACGUCAAUCAGCUCACGGAACCCUUGUCUCUGCUACCUGUCGCUAUGUUUCCAGACGUUCCGACAAUGUUUAUAGGCGACCUUGAACAAGAUGACCCGGUGGUCAUGGCCCCAGAGAACUUGAGAACAUCAACGGCAGCCAAGCGGCGCACCAGAAGCCUUCUCCAAAGGGUAGAGGAUGCCGGAUAUUUGGACCAUCAACUCUUCCCCGGUCGAUAG